UUUAAGACAUAUUGUCAAAACUAAAAAGAGAUGAUUGUAAUGAAAAGGUUUCAGGUUUUUACAGUGAUGCUACUUAUGGUUUUUGUCCAAUCAGGUCUGGUGAGAGAGACUCUGGGACACCCAUGUGGUCGAACAUUUUUGUCGGCUUUGAUUCAGCUAGUGCCUUGUAGACCAUCAGUGGCUCCGUUUAGCACAUUGCGUCCGAACGAGCUAUGUUGCGCUGCCAUCAAGACACUUGGUCAACCUUGCCUAUGUGUCCUUGCCAAGGGACCACCCAUCGUUGGCGUUGACCGGACCCUAGCUCUCCAUUUACCUGGAAAGUGUUCAGCCAAUUUCCCUCCAUGUAAUUAAAUUUUAUGUCUCUCCUUGUCAAUUUUUUUUGGAGCUAUUUUACUAGAAAGUCACAUCUUUCAUAAGACCAUCCACAAUGGCGUGGAUUUGGCCCGUCCCCAAUAUUUAUUGGAUUUAAAUUUAAAUGAAAAAAGCCCAAUAUCUGAAAAACGGUUCUUAUUUGGGGACGUUUUUUUACCGUCCUCUUCGCCACGUGUAGCCGUGUGAUUUGUUCUCGAAUAAGCUAGGUCUAAAAAAAAUGUAUUCGGGAGACAAAAUCAUCCCGAGUUCUUUCUUCUCCCUCUUGACGGCGACCACGAAGGCGAUUCGAUCCUCCACGACGUUCUGUUCUUUUCACCGGAAAAUCUUGCCAGAUUAACGAAGCCGAUCUUCUGUCGCAUCCGAAGCCGGUCCGAUCUUCAAUACCUAAGACGUCCAGCGGUUCGAUCUUCUCUCCCGAAGCGAUCUGUCCCUGUCACCCGAAGCUUGUCCGGCGGUUCGAGCUUCUCUCCCGAUGAUAUCCGUCUAAAUAAGCUCAGCCUGCAACAAAGAGGAAACAAGCUGGUGAAGGUUCGCAGUCAUCAAGCUGCAGUGUUGAGGAGUCUGAGAAGAGGCCAGAAGGGAUCAAGGCUGCCAAGGCGAAGAGGAACAAUGCUCAGUCCACAAACGUGAAGACUCUUGCUGAGUAUAAGAGCAUGUGGGAUGUCAAGAAAGAGGAAUUAGCUGAAAAGGAGAAACUACAGAAGCUGGCCAUCCUAGACACUCUCCUAGCCAAAAAAGAACCCUUGAGUGCGAGUGAAGAAAUCAUCAUGAACAAGAUAGUGUCCCAGUAUUUCUGAUAUUAUAGAAUGUGUUUGUUGUUUGUUUUUCUUGCUUAGUACUCGGCUUAUGUAUUUGAUUUGUAUUCCCUGGUUGUUUGAUUUGUAUUUCCUGUUUAAGUAUUUCUUGCUCAGUUGUGUAUUUCUUGUUUCAAUCUAAAUUAAUAUAAGUCUAUUUUAGUA